AUUAGUCUGUAUACUUGUAAGAUGUUGCGAAGUUUCGCUUCCUACCUCUUUCUCAUUGGAGGUUUCGCAUCCUUCUUGCGACCGGCUUUUUUUCUUGACCCUCGGAUCGUAGGAGGUACGAUAGUUGACAUAAGUCAGCAUCCUUAUCAAUUGAGCCUCCAGCGAGGUACACAGCAUACUUGCGGGGCUGCCAUCAUCAGUAAUAAAUGGGCUGUCACUGCGGCUCAUUGUGUCAGUUUAUCGGCAAACCGUUACAGACUGAAUGCAGGAAAUAAUGACAAGUACAAGGGUGUCUAUUAUCAAGUUAAAAGGAUCAUUCGACAUCCGGCUUACAAUGACUUGACGAUCGAUUACGAUAUUGCUCUUCUCGAAGUCGACGGCGAAAUCAGAUUUAACGAUAGGUUGCAGCCAGUGAAGCUUGCGGAAAACGAACUCGCGAAUGGUGUUAUGGUGAACGUUACCGGAUGGGGUGCGGUGCAGCCAGGUGGAAAGUCGUCACCCGUGUUGAGAAAAGUGUCGCUUCCGAUCGUCGACAGAAAAACGUGUCGAAACAGAUACAAAUACGUCCGCAGCAUCACCGACAGAAUGAUCUGCGCGGGUUACAUGGAGGGUGGAAAAGAUUCAUGUCAAGGUGAUUCGGGUGGACCGCUCGCAGCCAAUGGCACCCUCUACGGAAUCGUAUCCUGGGGAUAUAAAUGCGCCCAGCCGCUUUAUCCUGGUGUUUACACCAACGUCGCGGGUCUUCUAUGGUGGAUAAAAUGGAUUAGUGGGAUCAGCACAAAAGAAAUGUCCAAGAAAAUCAUUCUAUUCUUCUGCAGCCUUCUGGCAUAUACCGUUAAUACCAAAAGCCAUCAAUAUGUGGACAUCGAGGAUUAUCCAUACCACGUAUCGAUCCAAAUUGCCGGACGUCACGUAUGCAGCGGCGCAUUCAUACACGAAUCGUGGAUUAUGACUGCGGCAUCCUGCGUUUUCAAUAAAGAAUUAUCGAUAAUAUCCGUACGCGUUCGUUCCUCCUACGUAAAUUGCAACUCUUGUGGCAAUGUCUUAGAAAUAAGCAAUGUUGCAAUUCACGAAAAAUUCGAUAAGUACGAGUACUUCAACGACAUAGCAUUGUUAAAGCUAAAGAAUCCCGCAGAGUUUGGAGAAAAGUUGCUUCCUAUCGCGCUCCCGGAGAAGGAAAAUGAACAAAUCCAGAAUGGAACAUCCUGUGUCGUGACUGGCUGGAAAGUGAAGCCGGCCAAGACUGAGCUCACAACGGCCGUGGUGGCGAUCAUAAAUCAACGUACGUGCAAAGAGCGGCUGCCGAGCUAUAAGCCCCUGUCCGAGGAGAUGCUGUGCGCCGUUAACGCGACCCGACCGUCGGAAAGGUGUCAGGGUGAUCUAGGUGCGCCUCUAGUGUCGCAACAAACGCUGAUUGGUAUUCUAUCCUACGGAUUAGGAUGUGAAACCAAGAUACAUCCAGGAGUCUACACUCGUAUCAACAGCUACUUAUCUUGGAUCUUUGUAAACUCCGGCAUCAAUUAUAAGUAAGACGUGUAAAAUCAUUACACUUUAAUCCCAAUUAAUUAUAUACAGUUUAUGUCUACAUAAAAAAUUAUAAUGUCUAUAUAUCUUAAUAAAUAUAUAAAAUUUUGCAAAUUAGCAUAAUUAUACCAGAUUGACUUUA